AGCUCUCUUUUAAAUUAUACAUAGACGACAGAAGCUCCUCUUUAAAUUAUACAUAGACGACAGAAGCUUUUUCUUAUAGAAAACAAGGGUCUAAACGAGCAGUCGUUUUGGUAGUUUCUCCCUCUCGCUUUCUCCUAUUACCAGUGCGAUACCGUUUUGUGUAUUUCUAGACGACGAGCGAACGAGGUUUCGACGUUUUCUCCUUGUUGCUACUGUGUUAUACACAGACGAGGCAGGCAGAGAGAGAGCGAGAGAGAUGCCGAAGAGAACGACACACACGUACUCUAGCGAGGACGCAGCUCCAGAUGGACCAGAUUCGGAUCUAUUCGUCUAUUACUGCAAACACUGUAGCUCUCAUGUCCUAAUUACAGAAAAUGCCAAAAAGGAAGACUGACAAAGCAUAUGUACUGGACAAGAGGAAGCAUCUUGCUAGAUUGAACAUCAAUGAAGCGGGAAAAGUUCUCUUGAAACGGGGUGAAGGGAAAUUGGAGAAGCAAUUUCGUAUGAACUGUAUGGGUUGUGGCCUUUUUGUAUGUUAUCGUGCUGAAGAGGAUCUGGAAUUUACUUCUUAUAUAUAUGUUGUUGAUGGUGCACUUAGCACAAUUGCUGCUGAAACAAAUCCUCAGGAUGCUCCUGUGCCGCCUUGUAUAUCACAGUUAGAAGGAGGACUUGUUCAGGUGGCUAUUGAAGUGGAAGACCGUGCACAACGCUCAGCAAUAACAAGAGUGAAUGCUGAUGAUGUUCGAGUUACUGUAGCUGCACCUGCAGCUCGUGGGGAAGCUAACAACGAACUUUUGGAGUUCAUGGGCAAAGUGUUGGGUUUGAGAUUGAGCCAGAUGACUCUUCAAAGGGGAUGGAACAACAAAUCAAAACUCCUUGUUGUGGAGGAUUUGUCUGCUAGGCAGGUGUAUGAGAAACUUCUGGAAGCUGUGCAACCUUGAAGCAGCCUUCCGAAUGCAUAAUAGAUGUGGAAUGAGUUGAGAGAUUAUGUGAUAAAUUGUCGAUUGGUUUAUACAUUUAAAAUUGGGAGUCUGAAGCUGAUUAAAAGUGCUCAAAUGCUAGUGUAUUGUUGCGCCGUGAGAAUAGGUGGCAUCUGCUCAGAAGAACUGAUUCAAAUGCGCGAUAGGGCAUUCUCAUUCAGGUUCCAGAAUUGAAAUCGCCCAACUGAUAAUUUGUAAUCGGACAACCUUUACUAUGUCUGUUCAGUUAUUUGGUGGUAGCGUAGCGUCCAAAACUACGUCAAUCUUGAAGCUCCUUUUAAAUGUUUUGCAAUUUUUAUGUUCUAUUAGAAAUGCGUGUUGUGAGAUA